CAAGAACAAGACCCAACAGCAUACGAACCACCAAAGAAACGAUGCAAAAACCACUAAAAAAAUGACAAAGAACCUCAAAGGUAAUAAUACAAGAACUACCAAAAAAAUGAUGCAAGACUACCGAAAAGAUGAUACAAAAACCCUGAAGAAACAAUAUAAGAACCACCAAAGAAACAACGCAAGAACUACCAAAGAAACGAUGCAAGAACCACCAAAGAAACAACGCAAGAACCACCAAAGAAACGAUGCAAGAACCACCAAAGAAACAACGCAAGAACCACCAAAGAAAUGA